AUGGAGGGCGAUUCCGAUAUCCAGAUGGUGGACGCACCUGAGGCUUCGCCUCGCUCUUUAGGAGCUUUUCUCUCAGGCUCGCAAGAAACUUACCCUACACCAAUUUAUGUUUCCUAUCUGGAAAAGUACAGCAGAGUGAAUGAACCUGCGUCUGCCAGUCUUCGACCACCCUGUAUACACUCGAACACUUACAAGCCUAUUCGCGAAAUGUUGCCACACAUUCCUUCACAACUGGCAAAGAGUCGAUCCUCAACCAUUACAGCACCUGUGACUCGAGGGCCGAACUACUUCAACACUCCAAAGGGCUCAAUGAUAAGCUUUAGAAAUUCACGGACUCGAGCAGUCCGUUAUUUGGGGGAGCAAAAUUCCUCACGGCGUUUUAGCCCAUCUGAACUCCGUCGAUCGAGAUCACAGCAAACAAAUUAUACUCCUGAUCCACUCAAGAAAACUUGGAACUUCGCGAAUGACUUUCGUGUGGUAAACAGGGAAGCCCGGCUUGAAAGGGCUCGUGCUGCAUUGGAGGCAUCUCUCGGUGGAAUGUCGAAUCGUCCUGGCAAACGUUUUAUUACUGAUGUCGACGAGUCAGAGUUGGAGCCUAAGCGUCCACGAAUUCUCGAAACUCAGGGAACUGCCAUGGAUCCAACACCAGGGAAGCUUCCAGUACGUAUGCCAGGUGCAUUCCCAGAAUCUCCUGUUCAUGCUCCAGUUGAAACUCAUCCGCUUUCUUUACCUGCUGCUCAGAAUGCUGCGGCCCGGAACAGCCUUGCAAUCGAUGGACUGAACAUCUAUGCUCGCAUUCGCCGAAUCACUGGUGUUGUGAGAGGCGCCCAUCGAGCUCUCAAACAGGGUAUCAAAGUUAGCGCUCAGUUUGUUACCACAGUUGGGCAACGCAUUAGAGCGACUCAUGUACCUAUUCCGACAGUUAUCGUCGAAGAGCACCAGGAGACACAAGAGACUUACGAGAGUGCUACCUCUGCUUCUAGCGAUCAGUUGCAGGCUGACCUGACUGCACACACUCAAUCUCUUCCCCCUCGUCGCUAUGCUGUUCCAGUUGUUGAUCCCUCUGCUCAGUUGCAAGCAGAACUUUUUGAUCACACUUCGCACAUUUCUCCACCCUCCACUAUCGUUACUGCACCAACACCUCGUACGAUUUCUGCUAACGUGAUGGCUCAAGACCAACCUUCUAUUCAAGAAGCAACCAUGUCGAAACCGAGAGCUACUCUUCUAGAGGCGCAGCCGACAACAAGUGCAACUUCUGUUUCAGAAGUGCAAGCAACACCCACCCUUACAUCGCAACCAACCCCUACUAUUACAGUUCAACCAACAUCGACUUCUUUCGUGGUAGAACCUUUCGUCGAUGUCGAUGUCGAUGAAGACCUGAAUGUACGAAGAAUGCGGGAACACUUUGACAGACUCAGAGGUGGCCGUCCACGUCCUGAACCCUCUCCAUACCGUCAAGCCUACCUGGAUCGUUUAUUUGAGCGUCCCGCCCCUGUGACUCCUGCUGACACAAGUCUUGAUGCAGAGGUCACCAACUCUGAACUCGCUCAGGAACGUGAAGAAGAAAUUGAGGAUACUCCAUCAGUUUCAGAACAAGAGCAUCCAACUGAUGAUGAGCAGGACACCACUCAGGUUGAAGAAAUACAGAUUGCAGAGGAACAGGCUGAAGAGCAAGAUGUUGGAGUGCAAACCGCCGAGGAAAACAAUGCCAUGGACCCUGCCAUUCCUCCAGAUGACGAUGAAGAAUACGAUCCAAACGCCUACUAUCCGGGUGUGCCACCACUUAUGCCCGAAAGACGUUUCAUUUUUAAUGCAGAAUUUCGACGCAAAGCUGCCGCAAAAGCUGAAGCUGAACGUCGAGCUGCGGCUGCUCGAGAAGCAGUCGAAGCUCCAGUGCGAGAGUACGUCGCUGCUUUGGAAGCUUUGGAAGUUGCUAAAGCUAAGCAAGUUCGAGAUGCUCUUCGCCCUAUCCUUCGGCGACGUCGCGGAGACAAUCCAAACCAACCCCAGAUAGAAACAAUGAUACAAGAGACGGUCAAUCAGUUGGCGGCCACUACUGUUCACGACGAGGUUCCUGCGACUAUUCGUCCGGAACGCCACGUACAUUGGCCCGAUGAAGAUGAAGGAAUUAACUUUGGCACUGUGAUUUCUGCUUGUGCGUGGUUUCGUACACACUGGCCACCGUCCAAACUUACCCAAGGCCCCGAGCCGAGAGAUAGAGCAGGGUAUGAGGCAUAUGAAGAUGAUAUUCGUCGUCGUGAGGAACAGUGGGAGCGUCAACAACAGGAACAAGUUGUACAACGGCGAGAACAAGCUCUUGGUCGUGUUGGAGUCCCCGAUGGCCAGUCUGCAGUUAGAUCUUUGACACCGGAAUGGGAGCAACGCUUGCUAUCGGCGAUGCGAUCCUCACCACGUGAAAUUCUAGUCAGAACACCAGACGCGGAUCUCACGAAGGAAAAACUACAAACUUGUUGGACACCUUUGGCCUGGCUCAACGAUGAGGUAAUUAAUGGUCACCUCACAUACACCGUCGACUAUCUCCGCCGUCAAGCUAACAAUCUUGGCCGCAAUGAUGCACCGAGAUACCACGCUUUCAACAGCUUUUUCUACAAGAACCUGCGCGAUAGCGGUUACCAUUCCGUCAGGCGCUGGGCACAUCGCGCAAAGAUCGGCGGUUCUGCUCUCUUGAACGUCGACACAGUUUUCAUUCCGGUUCAUGAAGGCGCUCACUGGACUCUACUUGUCGUAAGUCCCAAGAUGCGCACUAUCGAGUACUUUGACUCCCUCGGAGGAAACGCCGAUUCCUUCGUCGAAAACACCAAACGAUGGCUUCAAGGCGAACUGGGCGACGCGUACAACGAGUCAGAAUGGCUGUUUUUGAACACCGAAUCACCCCAACAAGACAACGGGAGCGAUUGCGGUGUGUUCUUGCUCACGAGCGCGAAGGCGAUUGCCCUUGGCCUUAAGCCAACCGUCUAUGGACCCCGGGACAUUAACCUCAUCCGACGCAAGAUAGUCGCCGAGUUAAUGAAUGGCGGUCUAUCAGGGGACUUUGAUCCUCGGGGGUCCUCCGGUAUUGCACUAUUGUGA